UUAUGGUAAUUCUUGAGCUUCUCUCUCAGAGAGGCAUAGCGUGGCCGAAGUCGAAACCCUAACCAUUCCGAGCCUCGACCAAUCAUCAAUGGCACCACAUGCUUUAGUUCAAAAUAUAAGGGCUUUUGUGGGAACAUGGAAUGUGGGAGGAAACACUCCUAAUCAUGGCAUGAACCUUGAAGAUUUCUUACAAGUGGAGGGAUCUGCAGACUUAUAUGUACUAGGGUUUCAAGAAAUUGUGCCACUAAAUGCUGGAAAUGUGCUGGUGAUUGAAGACAAUGAACCAGCAUCCAAAUGGCUAGCCCUGAUAAGCAAUGCACUCAACAAACCCUACCAUGAAAAGGAAUCAAAGUGUGGUAACAAUAGCAACUUAUUCCGCAAGAAUUGUUUGAAAGCCCUAAACAAGAAUCUAAGAGGAGAUUGUGAUCUCUUCAAAGCCUGCAAUUGUUCGUCUGAUUCGGGAAGAAGGACUAAGCUUCGAGACCCUUGUGCCGACCCCUUGAACUAUUGUGAUUCGAGCUCAGAUGACUUCAUUUCAACGGCUGAGAUUUCGUUGCCCACACGCAUUGGUUACCAACUAAUUGCAAGCAAGCAGAUGGUAGGGUUAUUUUUGUCAAUUUGGGCAAGACGGGAUCUUGUUAGAAAUAUCGGUCACCUUAGGGUUUCCUGCCUGGGAAGGGGGAUCAUGGGCUAUCUAGGUAAUAAGGGAUGCAUAUCAAUAAGCAUGACAGUGCACCAAACGAGCAUGUGCUUCGUUUGCAGCCACUUGGCAUCCGGGGAGAAAGAGGGGGACGAGCUUCGGAGAAACUCUGAUGUAGUCGAAAUCCUCAAGGGAAUAACUUUUCCUAGGGUUUGCAAGAAUCCGAGCCGUCGGAUCCCCGAAAGGAUUGCCGAUCAUGACCGUGUGAUAUGGCUAGGUGAUCUAAAUUAUCGAAUCGGAUUAAGUUACGAGGAGGCAAUAAUUCUACUAGAGAAUAGUAAUUGGGAGUCACUAUUGGAAAAAGACCAGCUGAAUACUGAAAGAGAAGCUGGAAGAGUAUUUGGUGGAUGGAAUGAAGGCAAGAUUUUAUUUGCGCCAACAUACAAAUAUUUGCAAAAUUCCGAUUUAUAUGCAGGAGAGAAUAGCAAGUCGAAAAGAAAACGGAGGACCCCUGCAUGGUGCGAUAGAAUAUUAUGGCACGGCGAUGGCAUCGACCAACUAUCCUACUUGAGAGGAGAGUCGAGAUUUUCCGAUCAUAGGCCGGUUUUCGCCUUGUUUGCACUAGAGGUGGAGCUCAUCAACAGAAACCCCAAAUUUAGAAAGGGAUAUUCAUGUGCAGCCACCAAGUUCGAUUUGGAAGAAUGCUUAUCUCAGACUCCUAAUUUUUGCGAGUUUAACCCAUAGAUAAUCUCUACAACUAAACACAAUUGUAAUGGAGUACAUCUUUUAAAUCUCAUACAGUACAUAUCAU